AUGAUGCAGAUUGGAGACCUCAUCUGGAGCCAUUCUUUGGCUUUCGCAGCCCCUGCCUUGUCGUUGUUGAUUGUCACUUUCUUCCUCAAGCGCUAUCUUCGCCUUCGCCACAUUCCAGGUCCUUUCUUCGCAGCAUUCACAGACUUCUGGUUCGCCUAUAAAUUCUGGACCGGCACGACCUUUGCUCGACUCACCACAGAUCUUCACCAAAAGUAUGGGCCAGUGGUCAGGUUGGGACCAAAUCGGUUGAUCUUCAGCAAGGCGUCUGCCAUUCCUGUGAUAUACAGGACGACUGAUGUGAUGCCAAAGUCUUCAUUCUAUCUUCCGAUUCGAGUCAUGAUCCGGGGCCGCGAGGUCACAUCUUUUAUUAGCAUUCUCGACGAAAAGCGAAUGAGUGCUGUCAAGCGCCUUCUGCUUGGCAACUUCUCCAUAAAUUCCUUUCUCCGACAAGAGUCAGAGCUCGAUCACACAAUCUCCUCACUGGUAAGAUACCUCGAGGACACCAAAACCGACAUCGCAAUAGGAACCACUCUGGGGUACUGGGCUUUUGACAGCAUUUCCCGCAUUGCGCUCACAGAAGACCAAGCCUUUUUGAGCCAACAGCAGGACUUUGGGAACACAAUCGGAGGCGCGUCCGAGCGCAUCACGCACUGGCAUUACUGGGGAGCCAUACCGAUGUUGGAAUGGUUGCUCUUCAAAAACCCGAUUAUGCAAAGAAUGGGAAAAUCUUCGAUGUUGGGCGCGCUUGCGGCGCAAAGGCUGCAGCAGAGACUGCGGGAAGAAAAGCGGUUGGAAAGCCAGCCCGACCUCUUAGGAAAAUACCUGGCAGCCAGUCGAAGGGCACCCGAGUUGAUCAACACAACAGACGUAGUAGGCUUCCUGGUGUCGACGAUGCAUGCUGGAAGCGAGACUAUCGGGCAGGUCACCGCAGGCAUCCUCGUAACUCUGUUGCAGCAUUCGGAGAAAAUGAAGAAGCUCGAGAAGGAAAUCCUGUCGGCGUCACUGAGCGACAUGCCGCGGUUUUCCGAGGUGAACAGCCUUCCCUACCUAGAUAGCGUCAUUCGUGAGUCUCUGAGGCUGAACAGAGCUGGCACGACCAUCCUGGAACGGACAGUCCCGGAACCUGGGGCAACGAUCGACGGCGUUUGGGUGCCCGGUGGCACGAAUGUCUCGGUCAGCACGGCAGUAUUGAAUAGAGACACUGAUGUUUUUGGUCCCGCUGCCGAGAAGUUCAUACCAGAACGAUGGAUCGGGCUGAGUGAAGAGCAGUUCAGGCAGAUGGACCACGCUGAGCUCGGUUUCAGUACCGGACGGCGGAUCUGCAUCGGGCGCAAUUUGGCAAUGAUCGAAAUGAAGAAGGCUCUGGCGCGCCUCAUCAAGACUUUCAAGGUCAGUCUGCCCCUUUGA